AUGAAGCCUAACGAACCCCCAAUCAUUGAUUUCGCCCCCUUCUACGCCAACGACUCAACCAAAGAAGACCUCAUCCACCAAAUCCAACAAGCAUGCGAACAAUUCGGCUUCUUCCAGCUAAUCAACCACGCCAUCCCAACCGAACUCCAAGCCGCAGUCCUACAACACUCAAACGAAUUCUUCAACCUCCCCUUAGAAACAAAAGAGAAAUACAACCAAGCCAUCGGCGGCUUCAACCGCGGCUACGAGUGCCUCCGCUCCCAAAACUUCGAAAAACGCACAAAAGGCGACCUCAAAGAAGGCUUCUAUCUCGGCAAAGACCUCCCCCUAAACGACCCAUACGUCGUCCAGCGCCGCUUCGGCCACGGACCGAAUAAGUAUCCCUCCGAAGUGGCCGACGCUCAAGGCUUUCGCCGCGUCAUGGACGAGUACCACGACGCGAUGAUCGAGCUGGCUGUAGCCAUCAUGCAAGUUCUCGCGCGCACGCUCGGUCUAGACGAGCAUGCUUUUGGUGAUUUCUGUGAUCACCCCGUCUCUAUUCUUAGACUGCUUCGGUAUCCGCCCCAGGAGGAUGAUGCGUCGGAUCUGGAGAGAGGAAUCGGCGCGCAUACCGAUUUCGGCGCUAUCACCAUGCUCAUGCAGGAUGGGACGGGCGGGCUGCAGGUCUGGAAUAACCUCUCGUCUGAAUGGGUCGAUGUCACCCCGGUCCCUGGGGCGUAUGUUGUCAAUCUGGGGAAUAUGAUGAUGCGCUGGACGAAUGAUCGGUACUUGUCGAAUCUGCACCGCGUGAUUAAUACCAGUGGCAAGGAGCGCUUUAGUGUUCCGUUCUUUUUCUCGGGGAAUCCAAACUAUACUAUCCGGUGUCUUCCUGGGUGUGAGGAUACAGAUACAGGUACAUCAGAGGGUGGUAAAUAUCCCCCGAUUACCGUUCACGAGUGGAUGGCGGGGAGGUAUGCUGAUACUUAUGGGACGUCGGAGGGGAAGGCUAUUGGGGAGAUGCGCCAGGAGCCUGGUACGAUUAGGAUGUAG